CUUGUCCGCAGACAUGUUUCUAGAAGCACGAGCGCCAAGAGGUGGGAAUGGAGGUGAGCACGUCGACUGAGUUUGUUGCCGCUGCUUGAUGUUUGGAUAAACGAUGGCUGAGAUGAUAGUUGCAACAUUCCUCGACAGGACUAGCAGCGCAAGGUUCAUACAAUGAGCCUUGAGGUCUCUUCAAAAGAUGACAAGAAUGAUCCCUGUGGCACAGAUUUGGAUGCUCCUUAUCCCGUUGAACAGGCAGCGCAGCCAAACUAUGCAACAUACUCUCCAGGAGUGACCACAAUGAGUUCUCCUCCACAACCACCACCGAGUCCGCCACCUCCAGGUUAUAACUCGGAUAGUCCACAGACGAUGGUGAUAAUUCCAGGACCUAGGGAGCGGGAACCUGCAGAUGACUACUUGUGCUUAGCGAUCUUCAGCUGUAUCUUCUUAAACCUAAUUCUUGGUAUAAUUGCCAUCGUAUUUUCCUAUAAGACACGAAAGGCCAAUCAAAGAGAAGAUUACGAAACUGCUAAUAAAAACAGCAAAACGACAUUAUACGUCAUUAUAGCUGCAGCCAUUGUUGGCGUCAUCACCGCAAUUCUUUCCCUUGUCUUAGGUGUGUAACUUCAGUAAAUACUGGGCGUGGCAGCAACACAUUUUCAGCCCCAAAGAGGACUGUUAUGUACAGUGUGUUCUAGAGUGAGGAGAUGCUGCUAACGUUAUAACUUUAUAUAUAUAUUAUACAUAUAGCUUUAUACUAGUGUAUUCACUGUAUUCUGCUGCAAACACGAUGUUUAUUUAUUUAUGCAGUCUUUAUUGUCACGAAAACAGUUAACGAAACUUCCGAGUAUUCAAGAACUGGUAUAGUGAACUGCAAAAAAAAAAAAAAAAAAAUUAAAGACUGAGAAGAUUAUUAAAUCCCAAUCAUGUUUUGUGGUAUUACAUGCUUGCAUUUAACUGUAUCGUUUGUAGACUCAUAAACACGUUAGGUUGUGGUGUGCAGAGAUUUCUGUAUCUGUUUACUUGCUUAAGAUUUCCACUGUUCCCUGCUGUUCUUCUCUCUGUCUUUCUCAAUCUUCAAUUCCAUCUCUGUCUU